AUGGGUGCGCCCGACGUUUCAGUCAAUUCAGAUGACAUUGUCCCUGUCCAUUUGGAAUCAGUGUUGCCUUCAGAUGGACGGCCUUGGUAUCGUAGAGCCCAUCUUUUAAGGCUCAAUUUCUUCAUUUUGUCAUUGAUCCUGUUCUCGUCCUCCAAUGGAUACGACGGAGCUUUGAUGAACGGCCUCCAAGCGCUUCCUCGGUGGAACGAGUUUAUGAACAUGCCAAGAGGCGCUUGGCUUGGAUUCAUAAACGCAAUCUACUGGUUCAUGAACGGUGUUUCCUUCUUCGUCGCUGCUUCGAUAUGCAACAGAUAUGGCCGCAAACCUGGCCUCUACAUCGGCUGCUUCUUUCUCGUUAUCGGCACCGCGGUCCAAACAUCUGCCCAAAACCCAGCAGCCUUUAUUGUGUCGCGUGGUCUGAUUGGUAUUGCUACAGGGUGGUAUUAUAGUUGUGCGCCCUUGCUCAUUACCGAAAUUGCCUACCCGACCCAUCGAGCCAUCGCGUCCUCUUGCUUUCAGUGCGGCUACUACCUUGGCAGUGUCCUCUCAGCUUGGAUAACAUUUGCAACGAGGAAUUACGGUAACUCCUGGGACUGGAGAAUCCCAUCGCUUUUGCAAAUCCUAUUCCCGGCUCUAGCGUUCGCUGGCCUUUUUAUGGCGCCAGAGUCUCCUAGAUGGCUUGUAUCUAUGGAUCGUAACGAAGAAGCAGCACAGGUUAUUGCAAAACAUCAUGCGGGUGGAGAUAUUAACUCCCCAUUAGUCCAGUUCGAGAGUGCGGAAAUUAUAAACACCAUUAAGGCCGAACAGCAAGCCCGUUCCAAUUCCAGCUAUGCGGAUAUGCUUAAAACAAAAGGCAACAGGUGGAGACUCCUUAUUUCAGUUACUCUAGGAAUUUUUAGUCAAUGGAGUGGCAAUGGUGUUGUUUCGUACUAUCUCUCUCUCGUCCUCGAGACUGUCGGCAUCACCAGUGUUACUGACCAGACACUUAUCUCUGCCUGCUUGCAGCUCUGGAAUCUCAUUUGGGCUGUCGCUGCCGCAGUAUCUGUCGAAAAGAUAGGACGACGACCUUUGUUCCUUACUUCUGCCGCAACUAUGUUGGCCAGCUAUAUUGUUAUUACUGGACUUUCAGGUUCAUUCGCGAACACAGGAAAUUCUGCCGUAGGCAUUGCGGUCAUUCCUCUCCUUUUUGUCUUCUUUUGGGGCUAUGACAUUGCCCUAACACCACUAGUCAUCUCAUACCCGCUUGAAAUCUGGCCAUACCAGCUCCGAUCCAGGGGCUUCAAUGUCAUGUGGAGCGCAGGUAUUUCCGCAGGCAUAUUCAAUAUGUUUGUUAACCCCAUCGCGCUUGGGAGUAUUGGCUGGAAGUACUACUUUACGUUUGUCUUUUUUCUCCUUUCCUUCCUCGUGAUGGCCUUUUUGUUCUACCCUGAGACGCGCGGCCGCACCCUUGAACAGGUGGCCUUUAUCUUCGAUCCAGAAGAGACUUCUGAUCCGCAGACGGAGGGCAAAGUUUCUAGUCGUGGAAGUGAUUGA